AUGUUGGUUGCAUCUCGUGACGCAAACAUUUGCCGCUUCGUCUAUGCCGCAUCAAGCUCAACGUAUGGGGACCAUCCAGCCUUACCUAAAGUAGAAGGUGUGAUUGGGAAUCCGAUGUCACCGUACGCGGUUACAAAACUUGUAAAUGAACUCUAUGCAUCCGUAUUUGCUAAAACGUAUGGUUUUAAAACCAUUGGUUUGAGAUAUUUUAAUGUUUUUGGAAAACGACAAAACCCCAAUGGUGCCUAUGCAGCAGUCAUUCCAAAAUGGGCGAGUGCAAUGAUGUUGAAUGAGCCUGUUUGGAUUAAUGGGGAUGGUGAAACGAGUAGAGACUUUUGUUUUGUUGAAAAUGCUAUCCAAGCCAAUUUGUUAGCAGCCACUACUGACAAUGUUGAUGCGAUAGACCAGGUUUAUAAUAUUGCGGUAUCUGAUCGAACAACUUUAAAUCAACUGUUUGAGAGCAUCAAAAAUAUAUUACGCCCGAACUUUUCUCAUUUGAACGAUUACGCACAGAUUUAUCGGGAAUUUAGAGUUGGCGAUGUUCGACAUUCGCAGGCUGAUAUCAGCAAGGCGAAAAAUUUACUCGGUUAUCAGCCCUCGCACCAUAUAGAACAAGGCUUAGUAGAGUCUAUGGAUUGGUAUGUGAAAAACAUAAAAAAGCUAUAA